AUGAGAGAAAAAUACUUGAAGAUACAAAAGAGAGAAUUAAAUAUCGGUGAUGUUGAGAAAGGCAAGAUUUUUGUUCAGAAGUGUGCCCAGUGCCACACUGUGGAAAAGGGAGGCAAGCACAAGACUGAGCCAAAGCUCCAUGGUGUCUUUGGGUGGAAGACAGGUCAGGCCGCUGGAUUCUCUUAUAUAGACGCCCAUAAAAACAAAGGCAUCACCUGGGGAGAGGAUACACUGAUGAAGUAUUUGGAGAAACCCAACAUCCCUGGAACAAAAAUGAUCUUCACUGGCACUAAGAAGAAGGGAGAAAGGGCAGACUUGAUAGCUUAUCUCAAAAAAGCCACUAAUGAGUAA